AUGGAGAUUGAUAGUGACCCAGCCCCCGCCUUCGCUAACGGGACUCACAACUUCGCAACCUGGUUCCAGGCCCUCACUGGUGCGACGUUCCGGUCCGACUUGGUCUCGAUAGAGGAUUUGAGGCAGCGGCAUGCGGGCCGAGGAAUCAUUGCCACAGCCGACAUUGCAGCGGACACGGUGUUGUUCACCAUUCCACGGCAUGCUAUCAUCUGUUCUGCGACAUCGGCCCUGCGAGACAAGAUUCCCCGCGUAUUUGACCUGGACGGGGCCGAUGGAGACUCUGAUGAUGAGGGGGAGGGUUCAUCCUCAUCGCAGGACUCCUGGACGCUCCUGAUUCUGGUCCUUAUCUACGAGUAUAUCCGAGGCAGCGACUCGCCCUGGAAGCCCUACCUAGACAUAUUGCCGUCAGCCUUCGACACACCCAUGUUUUGGUCUCCGGCGGAGCUGUCCGAGCUCCAGGCGAGCGCACUUGGAGGGAGAGUGGGCAAGGAGGAAGCCGACGAGAUGAUUCGGACCAAGAUCCUCUCUGUGAUCCGCGCCCACGGCCCCGUCUUCUUCCCGAGCGGUUCCCCCCAACUUACAGACACCCAGCUGCUGGAGCUCGCCCACCGUAUGGGCAGCACCAUCAUGGCAUACGCCUUCGACCUUGAGAAUGACGACAGUGAAGAGAAUAGCGGAGACAACGGCGACGGCGAGGACCGGGACGAGUGGGUUGAGGACCGCGAAGGAAGGACCAUGCUGGGCAUGGUGCCUAUGGCCGACAUGCUCAACGCGGACGCCGAGUUCAACACGCACAUCAACCAUGGCGACGACGCACUCACGGCCACUACGCUGCGAGACAUCAAGGCCGGCGAGGAGAUCCUUAACUACUACGGGCCGCUCCCCAACGGCGAGUUGCUCCGUCGUUACGGCUACGUCACGCCCAAGCAUAGCCGUUACGAUGUGGUGGAGGUUUCUUGGGAUCUCAUCGAGGCAAGGCUGAAAGAGCGUAUUGAAAGUGGCAGCGGCAGUGGUGUUAUCACCGCAGAUGACUGGGACAACGUGAAGCAACGAGUCCGGUUGGACGAGGAUUUCGAAGAAAGCUUCGUCUUUGAACGCGUCAACGAAGACCCCGAUGCCACAGGGCGGUUGAGCGGGGACAGUGCCUUUCAUGCCAUACCUGAAGAGUUGAGCAACCAGUUCAAGACCCUUCUCAAGGCCAUUAAGAAGGCCGGAGGAGGUGAAUUGGUGGCUCAGGCACUGGACGACAAAGAUUUGCGCAAGCAGCUGUGCCUGCAGGUCGUCGUCGACGCUCUCCAAGUCCGGGAGCGGCAGUAUCUUACGUCGUUGGAGGAUGACGACCGGCUCAUAGGCACCGACCGGGCGACAGGGCGGCAAGGGAUGGCGGUGUGGGUGAGGAGAGGAGAGAAACAGAUCCUGCGGGAGGCGCAGGCAUGGGCGAGAGGGGAGCUCAACGAGUUGGCACAGAAGAUCUUAGAGGGAUCAUAUGGGGAAGAUGGGCCUGCCGCCAAAAGGCGGCGUAUAUAG